GGAGCGGAUGGUCCGGCGCUGAAUGGGCGCGAGCGCGGCGCCGGGGACGGGCGGGGGCGCGGGGCCCGGGACUGGCGGCCGGCCGGCGCCCCCUCCCUAGCAUGCGGACGAAGGCGGCGGGCUGCGCGGAGCGGCGUCCCCUGCAGCUGCGAACAGAGUCGGUGGCGGCGGCACCUGCCGGCCGAGCAAUGCCCAGUGAGUAUAACUGUGUGAAACUGAGAAGUGAUCGGUCGAGACCCUCUCUGCAAUGGUACUCCCGAGCUCAGAACAAGAUGAGAAGACCCAACUUGAUACUUAAAGACAUCCUCAAGUGUACAUUGCUUGUGUUUGGAGUGUGGAUCCUUUAUAUUCUCAAGUUAAAUUAUACUACUGAAGAAUGUGACAUGAAAAAAAUGCAUUACGUGGACCCGGACCGUGUAAAGAGAGCUCAGAAGUACGCUCAGCAAGUCUUGCGAAAGGAGUGCCGACCCAAGUUCGCGAAGAAGUCCAUGUCCCGGUUGUUUGAGCACAGGUACAGCCCAGAUUUACCACCUUUCGUGAAGGAGGCCCCUAAGGUGAACGAAGCCGAGUACAAGUAUGAUCCACCUUUUGGUUUCCGGAAGUUCUCCAGUCAAGUCCAGACCCUCUUGGAGAUACUGCCUGAGCAUGACCUGCCUGAACACUUGCGAGCCAAGAGCUGUAGGCGUUGUGUGGUUAUUGGAAGUGGCGGAAUCCUCCACGGACUAGCGCUGGGCCAUGCCCUUAACCAGUUCGAUGUCGUGAUAAGGUUAAACAGUGCACCAGUUGAAGGAUAUUCUGAGCAUGUUGGUAAUAAAACUACUAUCAGGAUGACUUAUCCAGAGGGCGCGCCACUGUCUGACCUUGAAUAUUAUUCCAAUGACUUGUUUGUUGCUGUUUUAUUUAAGAGUGUUGACUUCAACUGGCUUCAAGCAAUGGUAAAAAACGAAACCCUGCCAUUUUGGGUGCGGCUCUUCUUUUGGAAGCAGGUGGCGGAAAAAAUCCCACUACAGCCGAAACACUUCAGAAUUUUGAAUCCAGUUAUUAUCAAAGAAACUGCCUUUGACAUCCUUCAGUACUCAGAGCCCCAGUCAAGGUUCUGGGGCCGAGAUAAGAACGUGCCCACCAUUGGUGUCAUUGCUGUCGUCCUAGCCACGCACCUGUGUGAUGAAGUCAGCUUGGCAGGCUUUGGAUAUGAUCUCAAUCAACCCAAAACACCUUUGCACUACUUCGACAAUCUCUGCAUGGCUGCCAUGAACUUUCAAACCAUGCAUAAUGUGACAACGGAGACCAGAUUCCUUGUCAGGCUGGUCAAAGAGGGUGUGGUGGAGGACCUCAGCGGAGGCAUCCAUUGUGAAUUCUGAGCACAAACAAACCUCAUCUGACAAUGCAGCUCCAACUCUGAAGGCUGGUUUUUCAGAGCCUUCUCCAUGACUGCAUCCUGCAAAUCCUUUGAAGUGCAGCCGGUGUUUUUAACUUUUAAUUUAAAAAA